AUGACACAACAAAUCAGUCUCUUAACCCAGAUGAUUGAAGAAUUUAUCGUAAUUCAUAAGGAGACAGGAAAGAAAACACCAGUCCCAGAGCUCAUACAAACAGACACUAAUACUGUCAUCACAGAGAUACAGGAGUUGAAACAAAUGAUUUCGGAAACCAAAGCAACACCAACCUGUAUCACCACAACAAUAAAUGAACAAAGUGAGGACGUUAAAAAAGUCUUAGAACCGAUCACCAUCACCAUGAAAACUAUGAUGAAGGAUAUAAAUGAAAUGAAAGAAUUCAACACAAAUCAGCUAGCUUUCCAAAGCAAUUCAGGCUUGGGAGCAGAAUUGGCAAUCGCGGAAAUUAAGGAUAAGAUUGAUGAACUAAGGAACUACCCCUGCGCUCCACCAAUGGGAAGGGAAACUAACGUACGGGUAGCCGCAUCACCAUAUAAGCCACCGCAAAAGACCUAUGCCAAUGCUAAUUUUACACCACAAAAGACAAUUACCAGCACGCGAAAGUUUGAUACUAGGAAAGCGAACUGGGAAGUAUUCAAACAAGAACUAACGACAGAAUCAAGUAGCAACCAAAUAAACAAGGAAAUUAUAGGACAAAUUAAGACAACACAAGAUUUGGACAUAAUGGUAGAUAAAUAUACGCAAUGCAUUUCAGCGGCAUGUUCUAAAGCAAUCCCAUUAAUUAAACCGAAGAAAGCAAAGAAAGCAGCAAUAUGUACGACAACUUCAUUUAUUGAGUCAAAAAUCAACAGCACCAGGAAAUACAACACAAGGAAAGCAAACUGGAGCCAUUUCAACGUUGAACUCAAGAGGGCACUAGACAACAACGGUCUAACCAAAGAAAGAAUAGGAGUUAUUAGGACGACACAGGAGAUUGAUGAAUUCGUAAAAACAUAUACAGAAUGCAUAACAAGGGCAUUCGAUGAGACGAUUCCGAAAAUAGAACGAAAACAGUUACCAAAAGCCGCUAAAUGGUGGAACACCGAAAUUAAAGAAAAAAAGGAGAUCAUGAUCAGAUUACGAAGAAGAAUAAGGAAUGCACACCCUACAAGAAAGAACUGGGUCAUAGAACAAUAUCUCGAAGCACGAAAACAAUAUAAGGAAAGUAUAGAAGACGCCACAACCAAAAGCUGGAAAGAACUAUGCACGAACGAGCAGAAAGAAAACGUGUGGCAACGCACAUAUCGGAUAUUGAAGGUCUGUUCUAAUGUGGAGGGAGACAAACUGCUCAAAGACCAAAAUGGGACAAUCCGUUCAGAAAAAGGGUCAGCAACACUUCUAGCUGAAACCUUUUACCCCAAAGAUAAUCCAAACACCGAUACUAAGGAACAGGAUGACAUAAGAACAAAAACAAAUGAACUUAUAGCACAACUCGAAAACAAAGCAUUAGAAGUUAAGACACCAUUCGCUAGAACUGAAAUAAAUCAAAUACUAAGCAACAUGAGUACUAAAAAAGCCCCGGGUGAUAUUAUUGUAAAAUUAGGAAUUAUUCAUAAGAGACAAAUUAAAAGAUACAAAGUAAUAACAUUAUAA